CAUUCGCAGACGAGUUCAUGAUUUGAGCCGGGCAGCGGCCUUGGUAUCCGCACUAAUGUCACUGUUAGCAAAUAAGUGGCAGCGUGUGUGUCUCCUUCUCCUGAAGUCCAGGUGGAAAUGUGACCAACCCAAUGCUAAACUGUGCUCACUCGUCACUGGAGUGCGCACAAAAGAAGUGAACACUCGAUGCGGUGGAUGUGGUGGCAUUAACUCAGGAAGGUUGGAGGCAGCUGCUCAAUGGCCCAACAGGGCUGUAAAGUGGAGUGACUUUGUGUGUGGGGAUGGUCAAAGAAGAAGUCUUCAUAUUACCACUCCUCUUGCAGAAGAAAAUGCACUUCAGUUCAAGGAGAUAACAGAAGCUGCGUAUGAAAAGCUGGCAGAUGAAACACUGGAUGCUCUAGCAGAGUACUUUGAGGACCUCACAGAUGAGAGCUUUACUGCGUCUGACUACGACGUUGUUUUUUCUGGGGGAGUUCUGACUGUGAAAGUGGGCGGUGGCCAUGGCACCUACGUCAUCAAUAAACAAACACCAAACAGACAGAUUUGGCUCUCCUCUCCCACAAGUGGGCCAAAACGUUAUGAUUGGACGGGGGAGCGCUGGGUAUACGCCCACGAUGGCAUGGCCUUGCAUGAUCUGCUCUCCAAAGAAUUUUCUGCCAUCUUUCAGUCAAACAUGGACCUGUCACAUCUCAUCCAUUCCUGAUGGAGGCAGAAGAAGGAACAAAGUCUGUCAGAAUCACCAUUUUGCUGUACCUUUACUUUCAGCGAUGCAGAUAAUAUACUAGCAAAGCAGAACCAAUGAAGCAUUCACCAUUAUUGUUUGGGAUCCGAAAUGUUUUAUCAUGUAUACUCAUCCAAUACAUGUAAAGCAUUAUGUCAUGCUAAAUGACCGCAAUAAGAUCUCUUCCAACCGCAAAACAUCUUAAAGACAUUUCUGUUCUGUUUAUUUUUCAUGAUUUCUAAUGGUUUUGUUUAAGUACUAUGGCAAUACAAAUGAACCUGCCAAAAAGAAUGCACAGGCAUUUAAAAGGCUGCAUAAUUUGGACUGCUUUAGUCCAAAUUAUUAACUAAAUGGUGCUUCAAUUACAGUAAUUGAAGUACUUUCAUCACCCCCUCUUGUAUUUAUUUAACUGCAUUGGGCAAAUGGCAGUUACUGUUAAUACAUGCAUGGUUCAUCCCUGACAUGCAUUCAGAUACAAAUAAAAAGCCCUUAAGCAUCACUUUGUAUUCUAAACUCUUUAUUCUUUAUGGCCCAGAGUAGAAACUACUAGGAUAAUCCUGGCAAAUGAAUCUGGUUAGACUACAAUCGGAUUAAAGGGGUCAUUUUUUAAUGGCUCAUGGGCAGGUGAAAGAGACGAGAGGGCAGCCACUGUGAUUUGAAGCUUUUAACUCAAAGCCAGCAUUUAUAUGUCUGGACUUGUGAACUGGAAGGAGGAGACAAAGAGGAAUUACUGCAGACAGCUGGAGGAGAGCGCUUUUUCACAGCAGCUUUUAGGACCAGAUUGUCUGUAGUGAUUUUGGUCCGAAAAAGUGGCCUGCAUCAGUCUCUGAGAUGCUGCAGCAUCAGUUGUGUGGAAUAUUUAGCCUCCAGUAUGUCCAAAGUGUAUUGCUAAUACAGCUACAAUCAGUUAGAAUAUUGGAGGUGUAUGCUAGUAAAUAUGUGUCCAGGUUUUACAUGAAACAGUGUUUUCUACAUGUAGUCACGUUUUUCUUUUUUUCAUUUUCAGUUUUCAUUGUAUUUUGUGCAUAUAGUGUUGUGAUGAAUAUCUGUUAAUAAAAAUAAGUUAUGGUUUCUCCUCAA